AUGGAAGUCAUCGAGCUGCCUGGCUAUAUACCUGAAGAAAAGCUCAAUAUAGCAAUGAGGCAUUUAAUUCCACGAGUACUAGAUCAGCAUGGCUUGAAUUUUGAUUUCCUUCAAAUUCCUGAGGGUACGGUGAAACUUAUCGUCCAAAGGUACACUAGAGAAGCUGGUGUCCAUAAUCUGGAGAGAAACUUGGCUGCCAUAGCUUGUGCAGCAGUUGUUAGAGUUGCAGAACAAGAACAUGACGUGCUACUUAGCAAAGAUGUCCACCAGUUUGCCUCGCCUUUGUUGGAGAGCAGACUUGCUGAUGGGGCUGAAGUGGAAAUGGAAAUCAUCCCCAUGGGUGUUAACAAUCAUGAUAUCUCACAGGCAUUGAGGAUCACGUCACCUUUGGUUGUGGAUGAAGCCAUGUUGGAGAAACCCCCAAGAUAUGAUGGCAGAGAGACUGUCGAACGAGUUGCCACUGCAGUGGUGGAGAGGUUCAAUUUGUUGAAGCGACUGCAGUGGUGGGAAAAGUUCUGCUGGUACUGGUGGGGUCGUGUUAGGUGCGAUAAAAGGAAUUUCCGUUCUACUUACAAGCCUCAGUCGUCGGAGAUGACAACGAAAUUGCAGCCAAGGAUGGAAUCGCUGAUAAGAGCUCCAACAAGGCCAAAAGACCUGUGUCCUCUAGCAAGUGAAGGAACUCCCGAAAUCUUCGUCAGAAUUUCUAAACCCUAA